CAUGCAGAUAUGUUCGCGUGCGAGCUGUAAGGCCGCCCCUCUCCCUAGUCCCAAGUAUUUUUAUCCCACAAGCCCUAGGGAGAAUUACUGACAGCAGUAGGAAGUAGCCGGUAGGCUUUGCCUGGCUGCCUUCCCUUAGGGGUGACAGCUGGCCGGGGUGCACCUAGGGAUCCAGCAGAGUUGGAAGCAUCCUUAGACAAAAUGUUGCCCGGCCCUCACACUGUGCAGAUGAGAACACCCCCAACCUUUCAUCCCCCGCUACUUUGGGCAGCUUAUUGGUGUGUGCGCUUUUCGGUAGAGGGAACUUUUGAUGGUUUUCAGGAUGUCGGUCUCUAGGUUCGAGUCUUGCACCACAGUGUAUGUAGUAGCACUAUUGCAGCCCAGUCUCUUGGUCGUCCCACACCGAAUUUACGUGGUCUCUGUUCAAUAGAGGAGUUUUUAUGUUCUUCAGGAUAUUGGUCUGCAGGAUGGAGUUUCUCUGCUAAGAGUUAAAACUCACAAAAAGCUAGAAUUCUUCGAGCUUCCCUGGAGGGAUAGAGGUGAAAACACCUGGAUUUCUCAAAGACAAGCUUAAAGACCAGUAUAACUCAAAUGAUGUGAGCUACAUCCCACAAAAGUGUGGAAAGAAAGACCUCCCUGUUCUCUCUCCUUUAAUGUUAACUGUUGGCUGGACCUGAUGCUGCCAGUCACCCUCCUCUCUGUUCCCAACCUGAAAAUGGGUACAUGUGCAAGUGGCAGGACAAGAAAGGACUGGCCUGUCCCUGAUCAGAGUUAUUCUGAUCUGAAGAAUUUGGUGUUUAAAGCAUUAAGAUAAUAGCCUGAAUUGUUCAUGGAGUUUUUCAUCAGUAUGUCUGAAACCAUUAAAUAUAAUGACGAUGAUCAUAAAACUCUGUUUCUGAAAACACUAAAUGAACAACGCCUGGAAGGAGAGUUUUGUGAUAUUGCUAUCGUGGUUGAAGAUGUGAAAUUCAGAGCACACAGAUGUGUUCUUGCCGCUUGCAGCACCUACUUUAAAAAGCUGUUCAAGAAGCUUGAGGUUGAUAGCUCUUCAGUAAUAGAAAUAGAUUUUCUUCGUUCUGACAUAUUUGAGGAGGUCCUGAACUACAUGUAUACAGCAAAGAUUUCUGUGAAAAAAGAAGAUGUCAACUUAAUGAUGUCAUCAGGUCAGAUUCUCGGUAUCCGAUUUUUAGACAAACUAUGUUCUCAGAAGCGUGAUGUAUCUAGUCCCGAUGAAAAUAAUGGCCAAUCAAAAAGUAAGUAUUGCCUCAAAAUAAAUCGCCCCAUUGGAGAUUCUGCUGACACUCAGGAUGAUGACGUGGAAGAAAUUGGAGAUCAGGAUGACAGUCCUUCUGAUGACACGGUAGAAGGCACACCCCCAAGUCAGGAGGAUGGCAAGUCACCUACAACGACGCUCAGGGUUCAGGAAGCCAUCUUGAAGGAGCUGGGGAGUGAGGAAGUUCGAAAAGUAAACUGCUAUGGCCAGGAGGUAGAAUCCAUGGAAACCCCAGAAUCAAAAGAUCUGGGGUCCCAGACCCCUCAAGCCUUAACCUUUAAUGAUGGAAUGAGUGAAGUGAAGGAUGAACAGACACCAGGCUGGACAACAGCUGCCAGUGACAUGAAGUUUGAGUACUUGCUCUAUGGCCACCAUCGGGAGCAGAUUGCCUGUCAGGCAUGUGGUAAGACAUUCUCCGAUGAAGGCAGGUUGAGGAAGCAUGAAAAGCUCCACACGGCGGACAGGCCAUUCGUUUGCGAAAUGUGUACGAAAGGGUUUACCACGCAGGCUCACCUGAAAGAACACCUGAAGAUCCACACGGGGUACAAGCCCUACAGCUGUGAGGUGUGUGGGAAGUCGUUUAUUCGCGCCCCAGACUUAAAGAAGCAUGAGAGAGUUCACAGUAAUGAAAGACCGUUUGCAUGCCACAUGUGUGACAAAGCCUUCAAACACAAGUCCCACCUCAAAGAUCAUGAACGAAGACACAGAGGGGAGAAGCCUUUUGUGUGUGGCUCCUGCACCAAGGCAUUUGCCAAGGCAUCCGAUCUGAAAAGGCAUGAGAACAAUAUGCACAGUGAAAGGAAGCAAGUUACCUCUAGCACCAUCCAGAGUGAGACAGAACAGUUGCAGGCUGCAGCCAUGGCCGCUGAGGCGGAGCAGCAGCUGGAGACAAUAGCCUGCAGCUAGAGGUGACCGGGAAGGAGCCCUGUGCCUGAGCCCUGGAGACUGAGGUUGCAUUGUGUAUAAUCGAACUUCAGACACUGUAUUUUUGUUGAAACUUACGGAACAUUGUACUCACUGGACUUAAGGCAGUACUUGGUUAGGUAUUUCUAAACUUUUCAAGGAAAUGUUCCUUAUUCCGACCAAACAGUUUCACUGUCUUGUCUGGUGUCUAGUAGUAAUGUUGCCAUACACCCCACUCCUCUUUUUUACGAUUUUAAUUUGAGAGCUCCCAUGUCCAGGUCAGAAGGGAAGACUCCUGUUUUGUAUUCCUCCCUACAGCUGCGCUGGUGAGUGCACUGUACAGAGUGAUAACUGAGUAAAUUGAUUUCCUAAUCCUCACAAUUGUAUGUGACUCGUGGUCAAAACAGCAUUUUUAAUAACUUAAUAAAAGUUCUUCACGUAGAUGCAAAAAAUCCUGGUGGAUGGUUGACCAAGAAUGCUGCGCAGCUAUGAAAACAAGUUCUGGAAAUGCAGAAUGGUAUUGGGUUUAUAUUUGGUGUGUUAAUUUUAUAUCACUGUUUUUCACUGUUUUGUGGACAAAUAACGGUUGCUUUGCUGAAGUGUCUCUUCAUUUUGACUGCCUGUACCUGCCUGAAAAGAUGGAAGUCAUAAGUCCCAAAGGUAGAGUAAACCCACGAGGAUGUGGGUGCUCUGGGGGCUGAGUUUUUUGUUCCUCUUACUUGGGGCAUUGCCCCUUUCUGUGGAGUUUGUAGAGUGGAUGGGUGGUGGGAAGAAUAGAAAAGGGCGAAUAGGCACCUUGCUGUCAGAGACAAGGUUUUCACAUUUGCAACAAUUCCAAGAUUUUCUAGACCAAGGGAAUUCCUAAUUGAUUUUGAAAUUGGAUUUUUUUUAGGAUCAAAAUUAGGACAAGAAUUGAUAUGCUGCUUUAGCUACAUUGGUGUAACUUAACAGAAUGUCGUCAAGCUUUUGGACUCUCUGCAGCACGAUUUAUCCAUAAAGCAGAUGUAAUAUCAUUACUUAAAUUAAUAAAUUUAAAAUUCUUUAAGUGUGUAAA